UGUUAGCGAUGUUUUAUUAAGACCAUAGUUCAUUUCAGACGCUAUUGAGUGAGUUACAUUGGGAAAGGCUAACAAUUAGUGUAAGGCAAAUAGCUGAAACAAUUAGUCCUGGGUAUGGGGAGUCAGGCUGCAGAGGCCCCGCAGAUCGUGGCGCAAACAAAAAGUUGCGCUCCUGGUAAACACGUACCCGGGCGCCUCAUUAGCAAGUGAAUGGAUGAUGAGCUGUCAGGUAACAAGUCUUGAGGACGCAUGUCAAUUUCCUUUAAUGUUCUCAGCUACUUGUUAAACAUGAAAGGGGGAGGCUGAGGGUAUAUAAGACACCCCUAAUCUCCCAGCAGAGGAAUUUGUCAUUUGUCACCGGCCUCAAACAUGCCAUCAUUGGGAGCAGUGUCCGCUGCGCUGCACGCAUCUCUGCUGGUGCUGCUGGCGCAGGGCAUCCACAGAUCCAGGGAUGGAGUCUAUGUGCGGCCGCAGCAUCGUCUCACGGUGAUGGACAGAACCAGCGUCCAUCACCUGCCCACCUACAUGGUCCAUCUCUACAGGAACUUCAGGUCCAACUUUUCCAGCCCUAUGGAUACGACAGAGCCGAGGAAUGCGGACACAGUGAAGAGCUUGAUGGCCAAAAGUUUAACAUACAGACACAGGAGCUGGGUUGCAACCUUUGACCUCCAUACCCUGCUGGCUGAGAAACAGAUCCAGGCCGCAGAGCUGAGAGUCAGUCUUCCACGGACACAGAAUUCUCGCAACAUCUCUGUGAAGGUCUAUCACCAACAAGGUCAUGCAUGCCAUGUGUACAAGAGCUGCCAAGAACAGCAGCUGGUGGGGCUGCUCACAGAAUCAUCACUGGUCACUUCAUCACAGAGCUGGAAAGUGUUCAACAUGACCCGUCUUCUCUUGGACUGGCUCAAACAGAAGUCCACCACAAGAAAUCGUCAAAAGAGAGUGUCAAGAAAAAGGAAGGAGGUAAAAACAAAGAGCGGCCUGUCGCUCCCUGACCAACCCAUCUAUGCGGUGGGUCCCAGAAAAGAGCAGGAUGUUGGUGGCCGAGCCUUUCUGGUCGUCUUUUCACACACUGGCUCCGAUGAAAACUCCAAGGCCAAAGCAAGCUUACUUCAUACAGCUGAACAAUCCAAGUUCUUGUCUGCUGCUGAAAUCAAAAAGGCCCGCUGGCCGAAAAGGCGCAGGAGCAAACGGGGCCACAGAGAACAGACAGUGAGAAGCCCUCAGACAUCCAAAAGAGGGACUGAAAAAUCUCUCUGUCGCAGAGUGGAUCUGCACAUCGACUUCAACCAGAUUGGCUGGGGCUCCUGGAUCAUCUUUCCCAAGAGAUAUAAUGCCUACCGUUGUGAAGGCUCCUGCCCCAGUCCUCUGGGAGAAGACCUGAAUCCAACAAACCAUGCCUACAUGCAGAGCUUACUGAGGCAUUACCAUCCUGACCGAGUGUCGGCACCCUGCUGUACCCCAACCAAAAUGAGCCCGCUAAGCAUGCUGUACUACGAGAACGGCGAGAUGCUCCUUCGACAUCACGAAGACAUGAUUGUGGACGAGUGCGGCUGCCAGUGAGCCCUGCAACAGCC